AUGGAUGCAUUCAAGCUAUUGACUCGGUCAACAAAAUUGAAGCCUACUACUUCAAAAUCAGAUUCUUCUCGUCUGCCGUCAACCGGAAAAGCAGCCAACCCGCAGCUUUUCCGCACCGCCGACGCCGACAAGCUCGAGGCUGCCAAGAGCGGCAAAAAAAGAAAGAGAAACACUGCUGCUCAGCAGGAUGAAGAUGAAGUUCCCGAGCUGGACUUUUUCAGUUCAAACAAGCGCCCUGCAACCAGCGUGACGGAACCCGCUGCUGCGACCGAGCACAGUGCUGAAAAAGUGACUGAAGAUGUCGCAUCUGAGGACGACUCCAUGGACGACGUGCAGCGUCGCACGAUCUUGAACUCUCACAAGAUCAAGGUGACUGACUUGCGCGACAUGGAUGAGAUUCAGCCCCAGCCAGCUUCUACCAAGGACUCCAAGAAGAAGAAGAAGUCAAAGAAGGAAGAAGCUCCUGUUCUCAGCAAGAAAGAGCAGAAGCGCGCUAGACGUCUUUUCCCCGAGCCUUUGCUUUCUUUCAAGGAGCUUCGGUCCAAAUAUCAGAUCUCUUCGCGUCUCGCAGAGAAUGUUGCGGACCAAGGGUUUACCGUGCCCACUGAGGUACAACUUGGUACUCUUCCUUUGCUUCUCGAUGAAUCUUCUGAGCCGGAUCUUUUAAUUGUGGCCCCAACUGGCAGUGGUAAGACAUUGUCAUUUAUGAUUCCUGUGAUCAACAAGAUUGUGCGACACCACCACUCAAGCCCCGACGAGCACGGCAUUCUGUCCGUAGUUGUGGCUCCUACCAAGGAACUUGCAAGCCAAAUUGUAAACGAGGGCCGGAAGCUGGUUUCUGGAACUGGUGUGAAGAUCACAUUGAUGAGAAAGGGAAUGCGCGUGAGCGAAGAAGGCAAUGCGAAUGUCCUCGAAGAGAGUGAUGCGUCAUCUGGAUCCGACGAUGAGGAUGACAACAAGCCAUCAAAAGACAGUGCCAAUAUCCCCCUUACCAAGAGUGAUAUACUUGUUACCACACCGUUGAUGCUGGUCAAUGCUCUCUCGGCGAACCGGACAAAGACCAUGGCAACUCUGCCUCUAGUCCGAAGUCUCGUCAUGGAUGAAGCGGAUGUUCUAUUGGACCCCUUGUUCCGUGAACAGACACUGGAUAUCUGGAAAGCAUGCACACACCCUGAAAUGCGAGUCGGACUUUGGUCAGCUACGAUGGGAUCCAACAUUGAAGAUCUCACCAAGUCGACAAUCAAAGAGCGACAAGAAGAUCUCGGAAUCAAGCCCAGCGAAUCCCAUGCCCUACUUCGUCUGGUCGUUGGCUUGAAGGACUCCGCCAUCCCCAACAUCGAGCACAAACUCGUCUACGCAGCAACAGAGCAGGGUAAACUGCUUGGACUCCGCCAACUCCUUCGUCCCACAGCGGCUUCAGCAUCCGACAUCCGCCUCCGACCACCCUUCCUCAUCUUCACCCAAACCAUCCCCCGAGCCAUCGCCCUGCACUCGGAACUCAAAUACGACAUCCCGGCCGAAGCAGGCGGCUCAUCGCGAAUCGCAGUCCUCCACUCGGACCUCUCAGACAUCCAACGCUCAGAAAUCAUGCGCGAUUUCCGCAAAGGCGAGAUCUGGAUCCUGGUAACAACAGACCUCCUCGCCCGUGGAGUGGACUUCCGCGGCAUAAACGGCGUAGUAAACUACGACAUCCCAAACUCAGCCGCAGUCUACGUACACCGCGUGGGCCGAACGGGACGAGCAGGACGCGAAGGCGGCAUCGCAGUGACAUACUACACAAAGGAAGACAUCCCCUACGUGAAGAGCAUCGCGAACAUAAUCGACAUGAGCGAAAAGCUACGCGGUGGUGAUGGCGACAAAUCCAUCCAGAAAUGGCUCCUCGAUGCACUGCCUAAUCUGAGUAAGAAUAGCAAGAAGGAUCUCAAGAGGCAUGGCGUUAAGGCGCGGCAGAUGCCGAGGUUGGAUGUGAAAGAUGAUGGGAAAAGCGCGCGUGGCAUGCGGAUUAGUACUAAGAGUGGAUUUGAGCGGCGCAUGGAGAAUCGGAAGAAGGGUGCUAUUGCUGCUAGUCGGCAGCGGAAGGCUGCUGCUGGUGGUGAUGGUAAUGUUAGUGAUGCUGGUAGUUGGGCUGGGUUGGAUGAUUAG